AUGAGGCGGCUCGGGGGCGUCGGUCUCCGGGGGCUGCCGUUGUUGCUGCUGCUGCUGCCGCUGUUGCUGCGCUGGGAAGUGCGAGGUGCAGCUGGCAGCAGCUCUAAAUGUUCCUGUGGCCGCAACCAUUUUACCUGUGCUGUUAGUGCUUUUGGCGAAUGCACUUGUAUCCCUGCUCUGUGGCAGUGUGAUGGUGACAACGACUGUGGGGACCAUAGUGAUGAAGAUGGUUGUAUGCUGCCUACUUGCUCAUCCCUGGAUUUUCACUGUGACAAUGGCAAAUGCAUCCGUCGAUCAUGGGUCUGUGAUGGAGACAAUGAUUGUGAAGAUGAUUCUGAUGAGCAGGACUGCCCUCCCCGGGAAUGUGAGGAAGAUGAGUUCUCCUGUCAGAAUGGAUAUUGCAUACGCAGCCUAUGGCACUGCGAUGGUGACAACGACUGUGGAGACAACAGUGACGAGCAGUGUGAUAUGAGGAAGUGUUCAGACAAAGAGUUUCGCUGCACUGAUGGUAGCUGCAUAGCUGAGCACUGGUUCUGUGAUGGUGAUACCGACUGCAAGGAUGGGUCGGAUGAAGAGAACUGCCCAUCAGAUGUGCCAGCAGCAACAUGUAACCUGGAGGAAUUCCAGUGUGCUUAUGGGCGUUGUAUCCUGGACAUUUACCAUUGUGAUGGAGAUGAUGACUGUGGGGACUGGUCCGAUGAAUCUGAUUGCUCCUCUCACCAGCCUUGCCGCUCUGGAGAGUUCAUGUGCAACAGUGGCUUGUGCAUUAAUGCUGGCUGGAGGUGUGAUGGCGAUUCUGAUUGCGAUGACCAGUCGGAUGAGAAAAACUGCACUACCUCUAUGUGCACAGCUGACCAGUUCCGAUGUAAAUCUGGCCGCUGCGUUCGGCUGUCUUGGCGCUGUGAUGGGGAGGGAGACUGCUCUGAUUACAGUGAUGAGGAAGACUGUGAGGACUCGGGAAUCCCACAAUGUUCCCCUGACCAAUUUCUGUGUGGAAAUGGGCGCUGCAUCGGCCAACGGAAGCUAUGUAAUGGGGCCAACGAUUGUGGAGAUGGCAGUGAUGAGAGCCCUGCCCAAAACUGCCGUCCUCGAACUGGAGAGGAAAAUUGUAAUGUCAACAAUGGGGAUUGUGCCCAGAAAUGCCAGAUGAUUCGCGGAAUAGUGCAGUGUACCUGCCAUACAGGUUACAGGCUUCUAGAGGAUGGUAGAUCAUGUCAGGAUGUGAACGAAUGUGCAGAGGAAGGUUAUUGCAGCCAGGGGUGCACCAACAGUGAGGGUGGUUUCCAGUGCUGGUGUGAACAAGGCUAUGAGCUUCGCCCAGACAAGCGCAGCUGCAAAGCUCUGGGUGGGCUAGCCAUUGACUGGAUCCAUGACAAGUUAUACUGGACAGACUCUGGGACAUCUCGCAUUGAAGUGGCAAAUUUGGAUGGAAUGCAUCGGAAAGUGCUUCUUUGGAAGAAUCUCGAAAAACCUCGUGCAAUUGCUCUUCACCCUAUGGAAGGUACCAUCUACUGGACAGAUUGGGGAAACACUCCUCGCAUUGAAUACUCUAACAUGGAUGGCUCCAAUCGGCGCAUUAUUGCUGACACUCAUCUCUUUUGGCCAAAUGGGCUAACUAUUGACUAUGCAGGGCAUCGGAUGUACUGGGUAGAUGCUAAGCAUCAUGUUAUUGAGAGGGCUGAUUUGGAUGGAAAUAACAGGAAGGCUGUUAUUAGUCAAGGCCUUCCACAUCCAUUUGCUAUCACUGUAUUUGAAGAUAGCUUGUACUGGACAGAUUGGCAUACCAAGAGUAUAAACAGUGCCAACAAAUUUACUGGAAAAAAUCAAGAGAUCAUUCGUAACAAGCUUCAUUUCCCCAUGGAUAUCCAUACUUUGCAUCCUCAACGCCAACCAGCAGGGAGAAAUCGCUGUGGAACCAACAAUGGUGGUUGUACUCAUCUCUGUUUGCCAAAUAAUAAGGGCUACACCUGCGCAUGUCCCACAGGUUUUCGGAAGACUGGCGGCCAUACCUGUGCCCAGAGUCUUGACAAGUUCCUGCUUUUUGCCCGAAGGAUGGACAUCCGUCGUAUCAGCUUCGACACAGAAGACCUGUCUGAUGUUGUCAUCCCCUUGGCAGAUGUGCGCAGUGCUGUGGCUCUGGACUGGGAUGCACAGGGUGACUAUGUCUACUGGACAGAUGUUAGCACUGAUUCCAUUAGUCGGGCAAAAUGGAACGGAACAGGCCAGGAGAUUGUGGUGGAAAGCAGUCUUGAAAGCCCAGCUGGUCUUGCUGUUGAUUGGGUCACAAACAAGUUGUACUGGACAGAUGCAGGAACAGACCGGAUAGAGGUAUCUAACAUAGAUGGAACCAUGAGGACUGUUCUAAUAUGGGAAAACCUAGACAGACCAAGAGAUAUUGUGGUGGAUCCUGUUGGAAGGUUCAUGUACUGGACUGACUGGGGAGCUAACCCAAAGAUUGAGCGUGCAGGAAUGGAUGCCUCCGAUCGGUUGGUGAUCAUCUCUUCCAACUUGACAUGGCCCAAUGGACUGGCUAUUGACUAUGAGUCUCAGCGCCUCUAUUGGGCAGAUGCUGGCAUGAAAACAAUUGAGUAUGCUGGCCUGGAUGGCAGUGAUAGGAAGAUAUUGAUCGGGAGCAAUUUGCCUCACCCGUUUGGACUCACGCUUUACGGAGCUCGGAUAUACUGGACAGACUGGCAGACGAAAAGCAUCCAGAGUGCAGACAAGAGGACAGGGCUGGAUCAUGAGACUCUACAGGACAACCUGGAAAACCUUAUGGAUAUCCAUGUCUUUCAUCGACAGAGACCUGCAGUACAUACACCGUGCCACAUUAAUAAUGGUGGAUGUAGUCAUCUUUGUCUCUUGGCUCCACUUCCUAAAGGCUACAGCUGUUCUUGCCCGACUGGCAUCAACCUACAACCAGAUGGCAGAACAUGUUUAUCUGGAAUGACUACCUUCCUGAUCUUUGCAAGAAGGUCAGAUAUUCGUCUGGUUUCACUUGAUAUUCCAUAUUUUGCUGAUGUAGUUGUCUCAGUCAAUGUCACUAUGAAAAACACCAUCGCCAUUGGAGUUGAUCCUGAAGAAGGAAAGGUUUAUUGGUCAGACAGCACAUUGAGGAAGAUCAGCAGAGCUUCACUGGAUGGGUCUCAGUAUGAAGAUAUCAUUACUACAGGGUUACAAACCACAGAUGGAUUAGCUGUGGAUGCUAUUGGCCGCAAAGUGUAUUGGACUGAUACAGGAACAAACAGAAUUGAAGUGGCUAACCUGGAUGGGACAAUGAGAAAAGUUUUGAUAUGGGAAAAUCUGGAUAGCCCACGGGCAAUUGCAUUAUAUCAUGAAAUGGGGUAUAUGUAUUGGACAGACUGGGGUGAAAAUGCUAAACUGGAACGAGCAGGGAUGGAUGGCUCUAACCGCAUGGUGCUUAUUAGCAACAAUCUGGGAUGGCCUAAUGGUCUGGCUGUGGAUAAAGCUGGAUCGCAACUAUUUUGGGCUGAUGCACAUACUGAGCGUAUCGAAGCUUCAGAUCUAGAUGGCGCAAACCGCCACACCCUGCUCUCCCCAGUGCAGCACCCUUAUGGCCUAACUUUAUUAGAUACUUUCAUCUAUUGGACUGAUUGGCAAACAAGAAGCAUUCACCGAGCUGAUAAGAACACUGGUGCUAAUGUCAUCUUGGUGAGAACAAAUCUUCCUGGAUUAAUGGAUAUCCAGGGCAUUGACAGAGGGAGACCUCUUGGUACUAACAAAUGUGGCGUGAAAAAUGGAGGUUGCUCCGAUCUCUGCCUCCCAAACCCGGAAGGCUUGUCAUGUGCCUGCCCUACUGGGAUUCAACUGAAGAUCGAUGAAAGAUCUUGCGAUCCUUCUCCUGAAACCUACCUGCUCUUCUCUAGCCGGGGCUCCAUCAGGAGAAUCUCACUAGAUACUAGUGAUCACAUUGAUGUUUAUGUCCCUGUCCCAGAGCUGAACAAUGUUAUCUCCUUGGACUAUGACAGUGUAGAUGGCAAGGUUUAUUACACAGAUGUCAUAUUAGAUGUCAUUAGGAGAGCAGAUCUAGAUGGCAGUAAUAUGGAAACUAUUAUUGGCCAAGGACUAAAGAGAACAGAUGGUUUGUCUGUGGACUGGGUAGCUCGAAAUCUAUAUUGGACAGACACUGGCCGCAACACAAUUGAAGUUGCAAGACUGGAUGGAAGCUGCAGGAAAGUGCUGAUAAAUAACAGUCUGGAUGAACCACGGGCCAUUGCUGUCUUUCCUAGAAAAGGGUACCUCUUCUGGACUGACUGGGGACAUAUUGCUAAAAUUGAACGAGCAAACCUGGAUGGUUCUGAACGAAAGAUAUUGAUCAAUACUGAUUUAGGCUGGCCCAAUGGACUGACUUUGGAUUAUGACAUCAGAAGAAUUUAUUGGGUAGAUGCUCAUCUAGACCGCAUUGAAAGUGCUGAUCUUAAUGGGAAAUUACGCCAAGUGUUGAUCAGUCAAGUGUCACAUCCCUUUGCCUUGACACAGCAGGAUAGAUGGCUGUAUUGGACAGACUGGCAAACAAAAUCAAUUCAGCGUGUGGACAAAUACUCUGGUCGUAAUAAGGAGACUGUGUUAGCCAAUGUGGAAGGACUUAUGGAUAUUAUCGUGAUUUCUCCUCAAAGGCAAACAGGCACAAACAUUUGUGGAGUGAAUAAUGGAGGCUGUACCCAUCUCUGCUUUGCCAGGGCUUCUGACUUUGUUUGUGCAUGUCCCGAUGAACCAGAUGGACGGCCUUGUUUUAAUGUUCCUAGCAUGGGGCCUCCAAAUCCUGAGACAACUCAUAUAAGCAAAAGGAGCCAGACUUCUACUGACAGAUUUAAAACUCCAACAACCAAGCCCCAUAUUUCUGUGGAAACAAUAGAAGGAAACUGCUCUGACAAGAAAGUUGGUCAAGGUUUGUGCAACCGAGCAAAUGAAGCAAUAUUGGCAACUGCAGGAGAAGGGCUACAUGUCAGUUACAUCACUGGAGGUCUUCUCAGUAUACUGAGUAUUCUGCUGCUGAUUGGUGCUGUGAUUAUAUACAGGCAUAAGAAAUCCAAAUUCACAGAUCCUAAUCUAAGUAAUCUGACCUACAGUAAUCCCUCUUAUCGGACAUCUACCCAAGAAGUGAAGAUUGAAACAGUUCCCAAGCCAGCCAUAUAUAAUCAGCUCUGCUUUAAGAAGGAGACUGGUCCUGAUCAUAGUUACACCAAGGACAAGAUCAAGAUUGUUGAAGGAAUAUGCCUGUUAUCCAAUGAUGAAUCUGAAUGGGAUGAUCUCAAACAGAUAAGAAGCUCUCGUGGAUGUAUUCUCCGCGACCAUGUAUGCAUGAAGACUGACACAGUCUCUAUCCAAGCCAGCUCUGGCUCACUGGGUGACACUGAAACUGAGCAAUUGUUGAAAGAGGAGCAGUCAGAAUGCAGCAGCAUCACUGCAGCCACUACUCCUGAAUGCCAUGGCUCCCUUCCAGACACAGGCUGGAAGCACCAGCGCAAGCCCUCAACAGAAAGUGAAGUCUAAAGAAUAUGCAGAGACUUGUCCUUCCUAGUGUCAUCCUUCACAUUGAUGAAAUAGGAUCCUGCCUUCUAUUCAACAAAAAAAGUUUGGAGUCCAGAGACUUCCUUUGCAGAAGCUUUUGAGCUGGACUGUGCCUUUGAGGCAGAUGGAACAUAGCUAAGGGACCCUUUUCACUCACUGCUAGGUCAUGUUUAUUUAUACAUCCUUUCAUCCUAGAAGCUGUGGUGUUGAAUCUAGUAGCAGUUUCUUUUUCACUUGAAUCUGACACAGCUUUCAUCUGGGCUUGUGCAUAAGCUGGUCGAAGAUUUCAAAUCUUCAGUGGCCAGUUUCAUGAACUUAGGCAUAAUUGAUACCUGUUACCUUUUCUCAGAGGGUAUUGGCACUAACUGGAUUUUGCACUGUACUCCUUCUGUUUUAAGAGGAAAGGGUUAGGGCCAAUUGAACUGCCUGAAGUGAACAAGGGAAUACAAGAACAGGUCACUUUCACAGGUUCUGUACAGGGAGAGCAAAUACAUCUGAAACUUAAUUGCAAGGGACAAUAAAAUAUCACCACCAUUUUUACAAGCUGGGGAAUCACUACUGCGUCUAAUGUAGGAUGUGAGGAAUUUAAGAGGUAAAAUCUUAGUCUGUUGCUGGCAACAGUCAUUGGUCCUGUGACAUCCAUAAUAAUACCCUUUUUAAAAUAUAGAUAGAACUUACAAAUGUUUCCUGGGUAGACUGUUAUUCCCAUUUUCACUGGGCUUCCAUUUAGUUUUGACCUGCAAGGUAAAUUCUGGUGCAACGUUAUUUAAUCAUUCUUAUUACCUGGCUCACAGGGCCAACUGCUGAAAAACUGUGCUGCUGAAAUAUGUGUGGAACACAAAAGCAGUGUAUUAGAUUUAAGUAUCUGGAACAAAUUGGUGUAGCAAAAAUCCAGUUCCAAUUUUCUGUUGAAAAAUAGGGGUCUUCUUCUAACUUAUUUUUUUGCCAGUCUUUUUAGAAAUCCUGGAAGGAAUAAUUUAGCUGCACCUUUUUCUCAUAUGAAUUGAGCAGAUAAAAUGUGGUGUCAAAAAGUGGGUGUGUGCAAUUGAAAAAUAAUGUAUGUGGAUAGGAAAUAAUGCACAGUUAAGAUGACAGAUGGCACACUACAAAUAAUUUGCCUACAUAAAAUUCCUUCCCUUUUAACUACAUUAAAAUGAUGCUAUUACUCAUUCUAUGCUAUAACAAAAAGUCAAAAGCUGAGAAAAUGCCAUUUCACAAUAUGCACUGUGACUUAUACAACAAAGAAUAGUGUUUUGCACAUUGUCCAAACUUUAUUUGACAACACAGAAGUUCUACGGAAGUCCUAUCUAGAACUAUUAACCAUAUGAGGUAUUCUCUGGGAAAAUGUGAUUGUCGCAUUCUAGUCCUACAGCUGCUCCCCCAUGGUUAGUGAAAGAUGCAUGGACAAUGGUUGUGUCCCUGUGACUUCAGUCUUGAUGAAGAGAACAAACUAUUCUAUGCCCAAACUAGUCGUCCAUCUACUUUCUGCUUUGUGUAUUGUUCAAGGAAGAAGGCAGGAAAAAUUCAAAUGGAUUCAUGGACCACUGCAAGAUUAUUUUUUACCUCUGUUCAAAAUCAUCAUGUUGUAACUUUAUUACAUCAUUUCUUCCACUGAAAGAAAUAUAGCUUUCUUUUCUUUUCCAAAUAUAUAUUGUUAUCAGCAAGUUGACUUAACAAUUUCCACCCUUGAGCAUUGGAUAAACCAUCCAGAAUAAUCAUACAUAGAGAAAAAUGUUUCCCUGAUUAUGUUCAAAGGGAUCCUUUCAGUACAGAGCUUGGUCAUAGCAGCUAUAUAAUGGCCGCAAGGAUAGCUGCUGUUAUGAAUGCAUAUGUAUGAGCGCUUCACAACCAGGCAUUUACAGCCAUCACACCAUCCCAUGGUCACAUGAUCACUAUUUGCACGUUUCACAAUCGGCUUCCAAUAAGCAGUUAGUAAAGAUGUAAGGUCAUAAAUUGCAAUUGGUAGUAAUCACUUUCAGAUAAGUCUGUUCCCUUAAUGACCACAUGGCUUAACAAUAGAGUUGCCACUUCCAAUUGUGGUUACUAAGCAAGGACCACCUGUAUCUGCUAUACAUCAGUUCAAUCUGGAUUUGAAAGUCUGUUUUGUGGCAUAAUAGGUAUACAUUGAAGUAUAAUAAGUACAUCUUCCUUGUGCAGUUCUUUUUUGAAAACAAAAUGUAUUAUGUUAUAUUCUAAUUUCAUAAAGUAAAUCAAGAUAUGAAACUUCUUUCAGGCCAACUGGCAUUUUAGUGAUACACAAAAAAAAUGCAAUCUAAAGAGUGGAUAGGUCAGAAAGAGUUUUAAUAUGAUCUCAUUUAAUUGAUCUGUGGUUAAUAUUAGUACCAAACUUUGUAUCUAAUAAUAUAAUUCUGUGACGGAAAUAUUAAUUUCACAUAUUUCUGAUAGCCAGCUAAGAGUCUAUUUUCAGUUUUCAAAUUUUUCCCCACCCUUUCUUGCAGAAAUCUAGCUCAGAAAUGUUCUUGAAUUAUCUUACAUAUAUGGCACAUUUGAGAUCCUCCUACAGAUUUUCAAUUGUAUUAAAGACUGGGGAUUGUGAAGACUACAGGUGUCAAACUCGCUGUGUCACGUUGCCGUCAUGUGACAUUUUGCAAUGUUUUUCCCAUUCAUGGAGCUGUGGUGGGUGUAGCCUGCGUGUAACACCCCUGGGAAGACCAUUCCAAAAUCUUUUAUAAAGAUGUUAGAAAGUACUAAUAGGGAAUCAAACUUUUGCAAUCUGCCGUAUAUUGGUAGUACUCAUUUAGUGAUUGCUUCAAAGAGCGACUGUUCAGUUAUGUGAUGAAAAUUUGUGAUCAAUGCCUGUAUUUACAACCUUUGCAGCAUCUUCUCUCCCACUCUAUCACAUUUGACAUUACAGUCAUUCAGCAUGGUACCAUAUUGUUGUUUGCCUGACCCAUUUUUUUUCCUUUUGCCCCCUCAUAGGGCAGAGAUAUAGCUUCUUAGCUCUUCCUGAGCUGCUUUUGUCCAAGUCCCUAAAAAGUACUAACCACAAUUUAACAAGCUCAGAACGUGACUUUAAUUAGUUGAUUAGAACCUUCCAGCCAGCUGGUAGCUGCUGCUUGAAAAUGACAAUAUCUUAAUUAAUUUCUCGCUAAAGCCUUUUGUUUGGCUCUAAGAGGAUUCUGGCUCUCAGGAGAAGGAAGUCCCAAAGGUGCUUUUUUUCUCCAAGAGGCAACUGGACUUCUUGUUUUUCUUUGAA